AUGGGCUGUGACAAGCGACAACGCCGCGCCGCGUCGGGCGGGCUCAUCCCGGCCAUGACGCUUGAGAUCGCGCACUACCUGGACGACCCGGAGGACGUCGUCCGCUUCUUACGCGCGCUGCCAUCGCACGUGCGCGGCGAAGAGCUCUCUGCGCUCUUCGAGCUGCUCGUGCGGGGCGACCACCACAGCGCGCUCUGGCCCGUCUUGCACCUCGACGACCUCGACGGCGUGUGCAUGGCGACGCUCACGCGCGCACUCCCGGCCUUUCACACGAUCUACCUCUUUGAAGGCGCGAAGUGGGCCCUCUGCCGCAAUACGAUGCUGCCACCCACGACGCACGUGUACGCCUGGCUCGACGACGCCUACCGCGUCAGCGACAACGUGUGCAAUUGGGCCCGCAACGUGGUCGCCUUGAGCAUCGAGACGCCCGAGUUUCUCAAGGAUCCGACUUUGCUCGGGCGCGCGCUCUCCGCCUGCACCAACCUUCGCGCAUUGACGCUGCAGUGGCAAAACGUCGAUCAGAUGCUGCUGGACCAGACACUGGCCGUCGUGGUCUCGACGCGCCCCGAGCUUGCGAGUCUGCACCUCAAGGCGGAAAAUACCCCACUGCUUGAGGACGCUACGAGUUUGGUGCGCUGGCUGCGCCUUCCCAACGCAACGACGUUCAAGCUCACGCGUCUCGACUUGGUCGGUCCCGCCGCCGCGACGCUGGCAACGGCGCUGCUUGCGUCCCCAACACUGACAAAGAUCAAGCUCGAGCAUGCGCCGUGCCUUGCGCGGCUGCUCCUCGACCCGGCACUGCCGCCGCUCCCCCGCCAACUGCACAAGCUCACGCUGCGCUACCGAGGUCUCUCAGCAAGUGUGCCGGCGAUCGCGGCCAAGGUCGCAUCGUCCCGUCUCACGAACCUUGCGUUGAGUGCAUUUGUGCCGUGCAACUUUAUGGUGAUCGUCGCCGCCUUGCCACACGUGCAUGCGAUGGCCAAGGUUAAGCUCACGGGUGCCGACCUCGUUGCAUUUCCGAUACUACCGCAAUUGCGUCGACUCGCACUGCACAAGUGUGUGCUUUCCAAAGCGGCGGUGAUCGACCUCGCGACUCUGCUGACGUCGUCGACGCGGCUCGAAGCGCUGGACCUCUCCGAGUCGCUGUUGCCAGACGCGCACGCACGGCACUUGCUGCUCGCCGUGCCGCGCUGGUGCAGCCAACGCGGCCCGUUCCGGCUCUUGCGACUCUGCCACACGGCGCUCUCUGACGAGAGCGCGGCGGUUCUGGCAAUCGCGCUGGCGACGGCUCGCAACACGAGUGCCGUGUGGAUCGACGUCAGCGGCAAUGUGCUCUCGGCGGCCUCGUGCCGCGGACUUUUGACGGCGCUGAGUGCGACGACACAAAUGACGCUCAUGCUCUACAACGCCGGCCCGUCGAUCGAAGACUUGGUGACACAUGCGCAGACCCAUGGCGUCGGGAGCGUCCGCGCCUUGACGUUUACAUCGCCGCCGCCCGAGGCGAACCCGUGGACAACUCUUAACCUAUAG